GGAGAGAGAGAGAGAGAGAGAGAGAGAGAGAGAGAGAGAGAGAGAGAGAGAGAGGGCAGACCAGUGGGAAUAUCAAAGCUGAUGGACCAAAAAAAACACUCUCGCAUCGGCAGAAUGCAUCGGCAAGAAUGCAUCGGCGACAUUCUUCCUGGGGCCAUGUCGGCCGGCCAGUCCAUCAAGCGCCAUGGCGACACCAUCGCCGCGAGGCCGCCCUUCCUCAGCGGCGCCGUGGGAAUCAAAACGCAUGCCCAAACAGCGGCUGCUCAUGUGCCGCGCCGGGUUCAUGUCUGGGCCGUCUGUUCGGGGCCCCGGACGCAGCCGCCGACCAGACCCGCCGACCACGCCGAUAAAUCCGACUUGGACGUCUGGUCUUGCUCAGAGAAGUGCUGGUCUGCCUUUUGCAUCUGCCUCCGGCGUCUGCCCUCCGUCCAGCAUUCACUCGCACUCAUGUCCUUCGGAGCCGAGUCCAUCGACCUUCUGCUGUAUCCAAUGCACAUUCAACACCAAGGAAGAAGAUCGGUUCACCCCAGUGAGCCUGUGGCUGCUUCUCGAGGCCCUGGUGGCCUACGUCCGUCUGCCCAAGGCAAUUCUGUACUACUUUCUGUACCGGAACCCUGCCCAACUCAACAUGAACUCGCAUCGACUCUUUCGAAACUACUCGCUACUGCUCUACCAGGCGGCGCUGUGCUCGUGGGUCUGGGGUGCGCUGAUCAUCGUCAAAGAGCAAGUACUGUGGCCGCCCUAUCUCGACAUGCGGAUCAUGACGGUCGAGAUUCUGUUCGGAGCAGCCGUUUGGGUGCUGAUCUCGAUCGGCGGAGCCUCCAUCGUUCUGUCGUCGGCACUGUGUCCUGGGCUCCAGGUGCCGGCGGGUAUCAGGGCCUACAUCGAGCAAAUGGCCACAAUCUUCUCGGGCGCUGUCGUCAUCGAUCCGCACAAUAUCCGUCGCUGGUCGAUCGUCCAGAGCGGGCUGACGACUCAAGAAGUGGCCACCCUGCCGGUGCUCCACUACUCCGCCAGCAGCGACACUGAGAGUGCCGUCGAGCGCAUGUGUCCCAUCUGCCUGAUGGACCUGGAGGAGGGCGAGGCCGUGCGGGAGCUGACAUGCGGACAUCUGUUUCACCCCGAAUGCAUCGAUCCGUGGCUGCUGGGCCCCAGUCCCUCGACGAUUCCGCACACCCGGAGUGUCUACGGACAUCGCACCUGCCCGAUCUGCAAGCAGGAUGCCUUGGCGGGGAUUGUCUAUGGCCGCCGCCAUGUUCGGCUGCCGUUUGUUGGGCCGGCCUUUCUCUUCCCGGAUCGAUCGGGGACUCGGUCUCAGACCAGCAGCCUCCUUCCGAGCGCCUCGUCGUCGGCCCGGGUGUCUCGCAAUCCCUCAUACCAAACUCUGUACCCGUAGGCCCCCGCACAGCAUCCGUCGAGGAUGAUGGGGCAGCGUUCGCUAAACGAACGAGACGCUCUGCUCUUGAAGCCAUCUUGGCCGCUUGGCUGUUUCCUGGAUCCCUGAAUACAUGCAUACUUCAUUCGCCAGCCUCAGUGGCUGUUCAUGGCCAUCUUUCCCACCGGCC